AUGCGUCGUAGGAAUUGUAACGGAAGCGGGCACGGCGGCGCACACAGCCUGGCUGUCUGACGGACACUGAAUGAGAGCGCACUGAUUUCGACUCCAAAAUGAUGAAAUUUCUACCCAAACUGCUGCUGCUAGCGCUGUUAGCUUUCCCGGCGACUAUCCUCAUUAAAGGGCCGGUGGUGAGCGCUCAGGAUCUGACUGAGGAUGAGGAGGCCGAGGCUGUGGAUGAAGACGUUGUGGAUGAUGUGACAGCUGAGGACGAGGACGACGAGGCGGAGGUGGAAGACGACGAUAAUGCGGAGUUGACGGAGGAAAAAGAAGACGAAGAGGAGGAGGCGUUGGUAGGAGAGGUGAAGGCUUCGCCCAACGCUGACACCACCAUCCUGUUCGUCAAAGGAGAAGACUUCCCAGCCAACAACAUCGUCAAGUUCCUGCUCGGCUUCACCAACAAGGGAUCAGAGAACUUCAUCGUGGAGUCUCUGGAUGCUUCUUUCCGUUACCCACAGGAUUACCAGUUCUACAUCCAGAACUUCACCGCUCUGCAGCUGGGCACCGUGGUUCCUCCCAGCAGACAGGCCACCUUCGAGUACUCCUUCAUCCCCGCUGAGCCGAUGGGAGGGCGGCCGUUCGGACUCGUCAUCAACCUCAACUACAAGGACAGCAGUGGAAACAUUUUCCAGGAUGCAGUGUUCAACCAGACCGUCACCAUCACCGAGAAAGAGGAUGGACUAGACGGAGAAACGAUCUUCAUGUACGUCUUCCUGUCAGGCCUCGGGCUGCUGGUCGUCGUAGGUCUUCACCAGCUGCUGGAGUCCAGAAAGAGGAGGCGUCCAGCUCCAAAGGUGGAAAUGGGAACUUCGAGCCACAACGACGUCGACCUGAGCUGGAUCCCUCAGGAAACACUCAACCAGAUCAACAAAACGUCUCCAAGAAGAUCUCCUCGCAAAAGGAGCCAGAAACGCUCGGCCGGCUCCGACGAGUGACGGGCGCCUGAAACCACGGCGACGCAACUUCACCCACCCACCUGAGGAGGAGGAGGAGGAGGUGGAGGAGGAGGAGGUGUGAGCGCCACUCUGCCCUCUACUGAGAAACUUUGACCAGUGCCAAGCACAGCGAUGGCUGGCUCUACUUUCAGCUUAAAAACUGUCAAACACACACACACACACACACACACACACACACACACACACACACACACAGAGCCCUUUUUGUUAAUCGAUUUCUGUUUUCUGACGGAGAGACGUCCUUGAACAGGUGUGUCGGGUUUCUAAAACACGAGGACGUUUUUCUAAAGGUGGUCGGUUCUGUUUGUUAAAGCCUCUGUGAGAUACCUGCUGACAUCAUCACUCUGAGACAGUUGGAUUGUUUUUGUUUACCUCUCACGUCGGUGUAGGGCUGAAACAACCAGUGGAUUAAUCCAUCCACAGAAAAUUAGUCAUUGUUCAAGAAGAAACAACAUUUGAAUCAUUAUCUUCUACUUUUUUCAGACCAGAACUGAUCAACAGACGUGUACUCUUCACAGUAGUUGAUGGUGAAAUUACUGGUUAGUUGCUCCGGUGCGUUGUGGAGCCACGAUGACGGUAACACAUGCAGUUCUUGUUUUGUUUUGCUGUUUUUUUCAGUGUAGUUUUGCAUUAAUAGAAUCUGUCUGCACAGCUGCUGCGUCUCUGUCUCUGUCUCUGUCCUGAGUUUGCUCGUUUCUCUGCACAGAUCCAGAGGAAGGUUUGAUCACAGACUCACACACUCCCUCACACACACUCUGUCAGGACUCAGAUCUCUGCAGACGUCCUGCUUCAGGGAGCCACAGCAUAAACACACUAGAAAUCACUGUGUGUGUGUGUGUUUUUUUUGCUGCAAGGCUUCAGUCUGAUUUAAGGAAAGUGCACAAUAAGUUUAAGAUUCAGUGAUUUUUGUCACAUUUAAGAAUGAAGAAGUGCAGCUGAACUGAUCAAUCGAUAAGUGAAACCACUGAGUAUUUGCUGCUUUUCUUCCUCUUGUAACAGACUUUGGAUUGAAGAGCUUAACUCUGACUCUGGGAAACUGUAACAGACGUUUUCUGUGAACUGUUUCCUGUUGAGAAAUCCAUGUUAGAAAUAAGCAGCAGAUGAAAAUCACUGGGUGCAUCCUGUAGAAGUUAAACUCGUCCAGCUGUGAAGCCUCAGAUCUGUGGGUGUGAAAUGAGCAGAGGUCAGGACUCAGAGGAGGGAGGUGUCAGAUGUGAAGGUUGAAUCAUGUUGCUGUGAAGCAGAGAACAGGUCCAGACUCGGGCUCUGACCUGACGUCUGCUUCUGUUUUCUGCUUCUGUUUCGUCGAUUUUUCUUCCUCCUCCAGCAGUUUGUUUAAAACUCUGCAGACAGAUGAUUUGUUUUCUUUUUUCCGUUGGACUGUAAAGAUGUUGAACUGGCCGAAGCACUGGUGUAAAUACUGGCUGAUGGACGCUAAAUUACCGAGCUAAUUUAUUUGAGUGACAGAUCGGGCUUAAACUGGGCGGGGGGGUUUGUAUACUGUAUUUCUUUAUUUCACCACUAGGGGGCAUCACUGGCUCAGGCUGCAGUAAAGCUCGGUGGUUCUGUUGACUCCACUCGUUACCGCAGAGGACUGAGCUGAUGGUUUGGUUGGUUUUUUGUUUUGUUUUUCUAAAAUGAUGGGGGCUGACAUUCAAAGAUACAAGCUCAUACUUUUAUUUGCUUUUAAAUGUGCCGGAAAAUAAACUUUGAUGAUUUGCUGUA